AUGGAAAGAACAUUCUUAUGACUGCCUGUAACCCAGGGUGAAAUGACCUCCCUGUUGAUCUACUGAAGACCCCAACGGUGCGCAAAAGUCGAAAUGAUUUCGUAGUGUUUCCUGUCCCGUGUCUGGGAAGAGCAGGUGAAAGAGCGUCAGAAUGAAAGUAUUAAAAACGUUCGAGAAGAACCAGAACAGCUUCAAGAUGAAGGUGUUCAGCUCGUUUGGAAAGUCUUCCGAGACGCACAGUUCCCAAGAGUCCAUGGGGGACUUCCAAGACGACCCUUCGAUCACGCCCAGCCUGCUGCACCGCCCCUUGCGCCCCCUGCACACCUUCCUGUCGGUGGCUGGGGUCGGACCUUACACCUUCAACGAGUCGGAGAGAGUUUUCGAGGUUUCUUGGAAGAGCUUUCCGGCCAUCCUUACCGUAAUUAACUGCGUCUACAUCACGGGCCUGAUGACGCUGACGGCGCUGUGCAUCAUCUUCGCUUUCGUCGGAGACGAACCGCACAAAGAAGACGCCCGAGUCGAAAGCAUCAAGCUCAUAGGCGUCGUCAUCAUGUGCGGCUAUCAGCUGAACGCUUGGGUCCAAGUCAUCAACGCCUGUUUGCGGGGCAGCGCGUCUGCCUUCUGCUCAACGCGUGGGACGAACUGGGGUCGUCGAUGGGCAUCGACCCAACCAAAGGGGUGCACCUGAAGGCCUCCAUGCAGGUCGUGUUCAUGGUUCUCUUCAUCGUCGCUAUGCUCGCAGCCACCGCCGUCGGGAAGCCCGACUUCGUUCUGUAUGUCUUGGAUGCGGUCUCCGUCGACAUGUAUCUCAUCCCUCGCGACUGGAUGCUGCCGGAGGCCCCCAGCAGGAAGCUCAUUCACAUCGCGGUGGUGUUAGUGUCGCUACACCAGUUUGCCAUCAACAAAGGAACUGUGUUCAGCUUUACAACCCACUGUCAUUUCUUGAAGGCUGGGAUCAUGACGUGGAAUGCCUAUCUGUCACAGGCUCUGGAAGAUAUUUGGGAGAAAGGCGAGCAGGACUGCUUGUGUGAUUUGGUCCAGUGCAGAAGGAAACUGAUUCAGAUGGUCAGGACCACGGAGAAAAUCUUCAGCCCAAUACUUCAGUGCUACUUUGCAACAACGAUAGUCAUUGUCUGCACAGAACUGUACCUCCUAGCGCAGCGGAUGAAAUCGAAGACGACGGAAGUGGACGAACUGGUUAUCCUUUGCUUGUUUGCUGUCCAAACGACUUCUAUUCUCGUUCACGUUUCCCUGGCUGCAGGGUCCGUGCAAGAGCAGGCCGAUUCAAGUAGAGAUGUUUUGAUCCGCGGUCUCCCAAUCACCGCCAGCGAAGAUGACAAAUUCUACAUGGGCGAGCUGACGAGAUCUGUGUCCAUCGUCUCCGUCUACAUAUCAGGAGGGAACUUCUAUACGGUCAAUCGACCCUUCAUAUUAACGGUGGUGAGCGUGGUGGCCUCCUACUUCAUCGUCAUUUUACAAUUCAUGCAUUCCUGCGAGAAGGACGACUCGGGGGAGUUCUCUCCGUCCGAAAAUUUCUCGAUGAGCACAACUCUGUUUCCGUGAGAGUUAUAUCUUCACACGAAGGAAUUUUCUCGCUUUCUAUUCACUCUUUCCUGAGAAAAUAGUUGCAAAUCGCCACAACAAGCGGCAAUUGUAUUCUCGACAUCUUUGCAAAUGUUACAUCGACUUAACCAUUAAUUUAAUCUACUUGUGCAAAUUUUGCUAUAUGCUAAAAGAUAGCAGAAAAUUUUAAGCUAUAUGCAGGAGCGCUCGUGCAGGCAGUGUCACACAAGCAGAAACUGCGGGGCUUCAUUUUUGCUAUCAAGAAACACUUAACGUGGAGCCAUAUGCUCGUACUGCUAAAUAGUUCUAGCAAUUUUGUUUUAGUUAUACUAGUGAAUCCAAUGAAUUUUGCAUUCGUUACCCUUACUAAGGAUUCAAUGCAUUUUGGGUUCAUUAUUCUGCUAAACAAUUCAACGGUUUUGGGGUUAAUGAGUUCUCUUGAUCUAGAAUUAAUUACCCAGUUAAAGACUGCGGCUGAUUGUCUGAAAUCGUACUACUAAACAGUUCGGUGGAUUUUAGAUUCAUAAUUCUGCUAAUAAGUGCAACUGAUUUUGGAUGUAUUAUUCUUCUGAAUAUUGGAAUUUUGUUUGGAGUCUAUAUUCUGCGAAAUAAUUCUAUGGCAUUUGGAUUCAUUCCUCUGCUAAUACAUUCAGCUGAUUUAUGAUUCAUUACUCUGCUUCUAAACGUUGCAAAUAAUUCUGGAUAAAUUAGGCUGCAAUACUCAACUGAUUUUGGAUUUAUUUUUCAGUGGAUCUUAGAAUUCAUUAUUCUUCAAUCGGGUUCAACUGAUUCUGGAUUAGUUCUGCUGAACACUGAUGCUGAGUUUGGAUUCAUUUUUCUGCUACAUCUGUUCAAUAACUCGAGGGGAAAAUAUUGAUUAUUUUGCUAAGGGGAUGAACCGACUUCGUAUGCAUUAUUCUUCUAAAUAGUUCGGCUGGUUUUGGAUUCUACUAAACAACCACGUACAUAGAAUUUUACAACUUGUGAAUUUGUAAACGGUGCAGAACCGUGUAAAAACGAUCUUUUACGUUUCCCUUUUCCACUUAUUUUGCGUUUACAUUCGAUGCAAAACAGGAAAAUCUGUUUUGUUUGUAAAAUGUGAAAAAAAACUUCAUUCUUUUGGUGCUGGUGCCCUUAAACAGCAAUGCAUUUUUUAUGUUGACGUGAUAUGUAUAUAAGGUUUCCACACAAUUAUUAUAAUAGUUUCUCUUGAUAAUGUACACUAAAAAUCAUUAUACUGUACUAUUCAUGCUUUAUUUACA